AGGCUAACAUUCUGAUUAGCAAAAUUAAGAAGUGUGCCAUUGACAUAUAGUAUGGGGGAGAAAGUCAACGUUGUUUUCCCCCAAAAUUAUCCAGAAUAUCUUUUUUUUGUGCACUCGUCCAAGAAAAAGAAAUUCAUAACGUUUGGCAAACAAGUGGGGCUAAAGCAAAUGACAGAAUUUUCCAACAGUAUCUGGAUGCAGCCUUUAUGAUCCAAGCUGAUUUUCAUUUUUGGGUGAACUAUCCCUUUAAAAGACCGCAAACAAUGUGGCUACAAUGUGGCAACAUGGUAUAACCACUUGAAAUUAACUUGUUUGUUGGUUAACCAACACGUUAGUCACUUGACGUUAAAACUGACAACUGAAUUUACUAAUACUUUAGCCUACAUAGCAGUGUAUCGCAAAUAGUCUUUAGAUAGUUGACGUGCUGUACUGUUGUGUUUAAAAUCCAGUUAAAACCAGUUAACACACUGUGUAUUGUACAGUGUUAAAUCCCAUAUAAUACCCCGAUUGACAUGAAAACAAAACGUUCAAAAUAUCUUCAUGGCAGAGGUGUUGAGGAAAUUCGCCUUGGUUUCUUUCGUUUUCCCAUCCGACCAUAAACGCGGAAGAAUAACAAACAUCACUUUCAUUUCGAGGGAAAUCCUGAUGCGCGUUCACCGGUCCAUGGAUUCAGCGAGACGCUGCUGGAGUCUGAAGGUUUCAUCCUCGCGGUGAACAUGUUGUGUUAUUGGGGAGCGCAGGUCCGAGAAGGAUUCGGUUUGUUAAAACCUGAGCAGGUCAGACAUGGAAACGGGGGGGUUAAAUCUAUCUGUCCGAAAUCAGCUGUUCAGGACAUGUCAGCUGGGAAGACUUUCGUUGGAUUCAUCCGGGAUGGGAAGGUGUCGGUGCUGAGACUGCGCGAUGAAGACUGUAACCAAGAUGGAAAACUAAAACAACUGGAUCUAAAAAGGGAGAAAAUCAGAUCAAUUGUCUGUGGAGAAGAUGGUGCAGUUCUUCUUGCUGAUGGUGGAAAAGUUCUCCUUAUGGACAAAUACACAGUGUGCAGGCCUCUUAAAGGUCUGGACAACACAAAGGUGAUUCAGAUCGCAUGUGGAGACCAGCAUUCAGUGGCGCUGAGCAAUGAUGGUCAGUUGUUCGUUUGGGGCGAGAACGCUCAUGGUCAGCUGGGUUUGAGGAAAGAGCAGGCCCUCAUUCAGUCUCCUCAACACCUCCAGAGUCUGUGUGGGAUCCCAGUGGCUCAGAUCAGCGCUGGAGGAAACCACAGCUUUGUGUUGUCUCUGUCAGGAGUCGUGUUUGGGUGGGGGAGCAACUCUGCUGGACAGCUGGGUCUCGGAGACACUACAGACAGAUUCGUCCCUACAAUUGUUAAAAGCUUGAGUGGAAAGAAAACAGUGUCCAUCUCAUGUGGAGGAGAACACACUGCCACUCUGUCAAAGGGAGGAACAGUGUUCACAUUUGGAUCAGGAGGUUUCGGUCAGCUUGGGCACAACUCACUUAAAGAUGAACAUCAUCCACGACUGGUUGCUGAACUGUGGGGAUCUAAAGUGUCACAGGUCACAUGUGGGAGACAUCACACUCUUGUAUUAGUUGCAUUAACAAAUCGGAUCUACUCAUUUGGAUGUGGGAUGCAAGGGCAGCUGGGAAAUGGAGAACAGGUCAAGCAGUCUGUGCCGUUACCAGUGCUUCUGCCAACUGACUGUAAUUGUGAAUUUACGAUGGAAAAAAUAAUCGCUGGAGAAAAGCAUUCAUUUGCCUUGUUUUUCAAAAAUCCUGGGAAUGAGUCUACUAAACCUAAAUCUAGCAUGAAUGGAGGUAUUUUGACACUAAAUGACAGAAUGAUUGACCGCUGGGUGUCUGGAAGUUACCCAUGGCCAACAGUAAAGAAGGAAAUCAAAAAAGUUUUCUCAUCUGCCGUCUGCUUAAAUGGAAGUUUUCUCAAACCAAGCCUCGAUGAGCAGGAUUUUGACCUGGUUGGGAAAUCUUUUUCAAAGUUAACAGACAAUGAAAAAGUGAUCUCAGAGGUGGUGAAGGUGAUUCAGCAGACACUGCUGCCAUCUCUGAAUCCAAAGCCAGCUCAUGAGGAAUCACUGAGACUUUAUCUUCUCCUCCCUGAGCUUAUCAAAGGUCUCGAGCAAUACCAAAGAAGUGAACUUAAUAAAGCUCUGGCCUCUAAAAUCCUUCAGCUGAAUUCUGCUGCUCGUGAGAUGUUAGAGAUGUUCUGGUCCAAACUUCCAGAUGACUGGCUCAAAAGCUUGGUGAAGCUAUUUCACAAAGAAUCUGCUGAUCUGAUUGACUAUAUGUCAGUGUGUGCAAUGGAUUCGGAUCUCAAACACCUGCAGAACUUAUUGCGAAUCCUUCAGAUGGCCUAUAAGGUCUGUUGCAGUACCCACAGAGACAUCACUAUUAGUGAUUUCAUCAUUUAUGAGAUCAGUGAUCUUCUAAAUGCGCUGCAGGCCACCAUAGAUGACCUGGCCGAUUGGGAUCCAUUCGUGGAUUAUGUUUACAUGAUGAAAUUGAGAGAUUAUUUCAUUAAAACACUUGAAAUAUUGGUCAAGUUCCCUUUUGUGGCUGACUAUGCAUCUAAACGGGGAAUUUUUAAUCACCUUGAGAUUAAAAUGAUACGGAGAUCUUCAAACAGGUUUUUAGGCAAUGCCACGUUCAACGUGUUGCACAUAAACAGAGAGUCAUUGUUGAUGGACACACUGAAGUAUCUCAGGCAAAACACCCACUCAUUUUCCCAUCUAUCAAGGGUGGCGUUCAUCGGGGAGGAUGGAAUAGAUAUGAGGGGUUUAUCAGCAGAAUUCUUCUCUCUUAUCUCCAAGUCUUUUCUUAAAUGGGAUAAAAAGAUUCUGGAAGUUCAUCCGAGUUCACUGGUUUGGUUCAAUCCUCAUCAUACACGGGGCAAUAAAAAUUUCUACUAUCUUGGAGUGAUCUGUGGAAUGGCGCUCUACAACAGACAUCACAUCAACAUUGACUUUCCACUGGCCUUAUUCAAGAAACUCCUCCAGCAGAAGCCCAGUCUGGAUGAUCUGGAGGAGCUUUCACCUGUGGAGGCCAGAAGCCUGAAAAACCUUCUUAAGGAGGAUGAGGAAGUAGUGGAUUUACUCUUUUUGGAUUUCACGGUCAAAGGGCAUGAACUCGUUCCAAAUGGAAGUCAAAUUCAAGUAAACAAAGUUAACAGACAGAAGUAUGUGGAUUUGUACGUUGACUUUGUGUUCAACAAGUCUGUGAAGACUCAGUUUGAGCAGUUUACGAGAGGGUUCUCUAAGGGCUGCCCGCUCGAUGCGUGGACCAUGUUUCACCCUGAAGAGCUGCAGGAGCUUCUCCACGGCUCUCCUCAAUAUAACUGGAAGGAGUUUCAACAGUCGGCUUCCUAUGAAGGCUGUUCUGCCUCUGAUGAGCUCAUCAAGAACUUCUGGACUGUUUUCUUUGAGCUCUCUGAAGAACACAAGAAGAAAUUUCUAAUGUUCUUGUAUGGAACGGAGCGUGUACCUGCUGGAGGUUUCUCAAAGCGCCGUAUCAAGAUUUCUACAAGAGACUGUCCUGAUCCAGAUGACCAUUUACCAAAGGCCCAGACCUGUUUUGGCAGAUUAGUUCUUCCGAAAUACACUGAUAUCAACACACUUCGCAACAAGCUAACACACGCAAUAAACGUUUGUGAGGUUUUUGGUCUAGAGUAAACAUCUCUCGACAUUGCAGGGGUCUGUUCUUCGUACGUGGAUUACUCAGUAAGCUGGAUUUGGAUGUUGAUGAUUUGACAUGAUCCAGGAUCGUUUCGUUUUUCCAAACUGAUCUGAUUGUUGUUGUCAUAACAACAGUUCUGGUAGAUCAAACCUGGUCGGGAGCAGGUUCAAUUCAUAUAAACAGGAUUAGAUCGGGUCAGUUCAAGCAAAGAUAAUACUGAAAGUAUGUGCCGAAUUCUGAUAUUUUCUUACAGUAGUAUUUAUAUACACUUGGAAAAAGAGUAAAUAUUUUUUUAACUACUUAUAUAUAAAGUUAUAGUUAUUAAUA